AUGCCGAACACCAGCACAACUAUUCCGACCGCGGAGCAGGAUCGUGAACCGAUUCGCGUGAGUCAAGAGAACGAAAAUGGCAUUUUGCAAUCAAUAAGUGCUCCAACACUUGUGGAAACUGAUGCGAUCUCGGCAUACACGAAACCGGAUCCAAGAACAGAGGACAAGACAGCUGAAAACACGGAACUCAGUCCUGUGGAUCGGGUUCUCGAUCGCAAUUCAACCGUAUCAUACAUCAACAUAUCGGAAAACAACGCAGGGAUUGUCAAAGAGGCAGGUAGGACUGGAGAAGCUACCGUUCUCACUAAACGCUGA